AUGUCCCCAUCCGUCUUGUCCAAGUAUCCCCAACUUGAGCUUCUCAUCGACAAGUAUGAUGGGAAACUCCCCUCUAAGUUCGCCAUUGAUCUUGGACAAGUCCUCUCUGAGGUCGUGCUUGGGAUGUCAUCCCAAAACACUACCACCGGCUCGGAAAACCCAUCCAAGGAACCGUACACUGUCAAGUUGGAUCAGAUAUCACUUCAACUCUGUGUCAAAUGGGAAGCAGAUCGGACCAAGCUCACACUCCUCGGAAGAGACCUCACUCCAUUGAAAAAGGCUGGGUAUCCAUACGAGCAAAUUUGCAAGAUCGAAAUGAGAGGCAACAUGGCGCACCUUACUGUUCGUUCAGAACCUGCACUCUCCAAGAUAAGAGCCGAUAUCCAAGAGCUCACCAGGAUCUUGGGAAUAUCUGUCAUUUGUGAAGAAAUACCCAAGGAUUACCACAUCACUAUACUUGGGACUCAGGCGGUAAAAUUCCAAGGUGCAGGUACCGCUCGGUUGGAGCAACUUAGGAAUUGGAGUAUAGAUAACAACACGACUAUAAUAUUGGCAAAGCGGAGUCAAAACCAGGUCAUCUGGAAACUGCACUCUCUCGACGAUGCUGUUCGAUUUUGCAGAGAUGGCUUUGUCAGUAUUGACGGCAAACGAUAUACACCGAAACCACAUGAUAUGAGGCAGGAUCCUCUGCUUUGCUUCCGAUGCGGCCAGCCGGGGCACUGGGAAUCCAAAUGCAAUAACCCAUUCAAAUGUGCCUAUUGCUCCAAGGGCCACGGCUAUGUUGGUUGUAAGAAGGAAGGUCCCGCGAAAUGUCCCCAAUGCAACAGAGCCCACCCAGCUUGGGCCCCGGACUGCCCCAACCCAGAAACACAGGCUAUGUUCAAGAGGUGUAAAGAAGUCGUUGCCCCAAGAUGGGCAAUAAUCAACGGGCUAUCCGAUGGCAUGAAUAUGAAGAGGUCUAAGAAAUCGAAUUCCAAGGCGAAGAUUCAUGAAGCAGUCACGAAUUCUACCCGGGAAACACAAGAAACAACGACAAGCUCUAGGACCAGGACUGGGACCUCCAGUACUGCCGACGAUGCUAGCUCUGUUGUUUCUGAAGUUUCUACAUGGCCUUCCAGUGUUUCUGAUAUCAGUUCGUCCAGAGCCUCUACGCCUACCUCUACGCCGCCCUCCAGCUUUCCCAUGAUGCAUCCAAUUUUCGACCUGAAGAGAAAGUGUACGGGUUCUGAAACACCCGAAAGCUCUGCACCCUGCCUUCAAAUGCGCCAACCAAAGAGACUCCGUUCACAUAAGACCUUUGGGGCGAUGGAACACGCCAAAGUCCCUCUCGGCCGAAAGUAUCGGCGAGGGAGUGAACUGCCCACUAUGCCGACACCCGACACGUCCUCGCCAAAGUCCACACGGGAGUCUCCAAUGGAGCCGGAAAGUGUCCAGACACCGCCAACAGCGUCGAAGCGGAGGCCCGGACGCCCUCCUGGAUCGAAAAACAAGAAGCGUUUGUAUUGA